UCGAAGAGAAAACACCUUGAGACUUACCGAACUUUCUGCUUCCUGCAAACAAAUUUCCAAACCAGAACUUCCUGCUGAAAAGUCUAAACCAAUCAACUGUGCGCGGUCCCUAAAUUACCCUACAAACGAUGCACUCUAGCGGCAGGGGCUUUCUUACGCUCAUUCUGUGUCUAUGCGAAGCCUAACACGGAUCCAUAUUCCACCUGGACACGCCGUUUUCUAAGGACAUUGUAAAACACGAAAAAAUCGCUUUUUCUCUCUCAAACAGAAGCCUGGUUGUGCUUCUAGCAAAGCGAGGGGCAGCUCUGGACCGACUUUGCAGGUGUCACGGUCCAGCAAGAGCCAAAGAAGAGUCCAAGGCAGCCAUUUGGAGGCAAGCUCGCCCCGGCGAGCCGCUCAGGUCUGAUAGCUGCACUGGAUCACUGAUUGAGGUUCCCUCUAAAUUAUAACACUGAAAACAAUGGCAACAGAAUGUAUAAAAACCUGCUGUAAAUUGUGUUUCUGCAUGGACAAGGAAAAAAAUGAUUCAGUUUCCAUGGUGCAGGAAUCUGAAGCAGUAGCUGCAAGCAAGCCAACUAUUGUAGAGCAGCCUCCAUUGUCUUCUGUGUCAGUGAAGCGUCAAGUUGGCUGUUCUGAGGAUUAUUUGCUUUCCAAACUGCCCCUGGACGGUCAGGAGGUACCAUUUGUGGUCCCUCCAUUCAAACUGGCUUAUGUACAGCCAAAGAAUCUUCCAAGUAUCUCACAUGCUGGAGGGAUUAAAGAGUCAGCCAGAGCGUCGUUUGGCGAGCGGAAGGCAGAGCUGCACGGCGCAUACCAGUGGCCCGGCUGUGACGUGUCCAACCCCUUCUAUCUGGAGCAUCGCGUCUCACCAGAUCUCAUCAGGCGCUUCCAGACAAAAGCAGAUAGCAGGAAAUUGUAUGGAUCAGUUAGUGAUUUAAGGCCCAGUGCUUUGCCUGGAUCCCUUGAUGUAAGUCGUUCCAUGUUUGAUCUCAGGAGCCCACCUCACCGAUUCAUGAAGAGAUAUGAUUCAGUCUCCAGUGUACCUAGCAGUAGUUCUUCAAGGAAGGAUUCACAAGGCAGUAACAGGAGUCUGGAUACUAUUACAUUAUCAGGUGAUGAACGAGACUUUGGAAGACUGAAUGUGAAGUUGUGUUAUGUUUCUUCUGUGGAACAGAUUUGGAUCACAGUUUUACAUUGCAAAGACCUGAGCUGGCCUUCUAGCUGUGGGGAAAAUCCUCGUAUCUGUGUCAAGGGAAUUCUCACACUGCCCAAACCAGUGCAUUUCAAAUCUUCUGCCAAGGAGGGCUGCAAUGACAUUGAAUUUAUGGAAACUUUUGUUUUUGCCAUUAAACUGCAAAGCCUGCAGGCUGUCAGAUUGGUAUUCAAAAUCCAGACACAGACUCCCAGGAAAAAAACUAUUGGAGAAUGUUCCUUGGCACUGCGGGAGCUGAGCUCACAGGAGUCGAAUCAUUGGCUGGAUAUAUCUCCUCCUUCCAAAGCACCUGUGUGCCGUGCAGAACUUCAAAUAGGAACUUGUUUUCAAGCAAUAAACAGGAGGAUACAGUUACAGAUUCUUGAAGCACAAAACCUUCCUGUUUCAUCUACACCACUGUCUUCAAAUUUCUUUGUGAAAGUUGGAAUGUUUAGUACAGAAGGGAUCAUCUAUAAAAAGAAGACUCGCCUUCUGAAGUCCACUAAUGGCCAAGUGAAGUGGGGAGAAAUGAUGGUUUUUCCAGUUAGCCAAGCAGAACAAGGAAUUAGCUUUCUCAUCAAGCUCUACAGCAAAAGCUCAGUGAGAAGAAAACACUUCCUAGGACAGAUCUGGUUAAGUUCUGAUAGCAGCAACAGCGAAGCAGUAGAGCAGUGGAAAGAUACCAUUGCAAAUCCUGAAAAAGUUGUUGUUAAAUGGUACAGCAUUGGCCCAUCCUGAAGACUGGAGAUGAAAUUCAGAACUGAUUUUUCUACAGAAAUUCAUAUGCUAUCUAAAAUAGUAUAAAUUAAAAAUAAAGAUAUUUUCUAUGCAAGUUCUUCAAAAGUUCCCCACUGCAUCAUGCCUCUGUGGAAACGGAAAAUUCAUUUUCACCAAGAGAAAUACUGGCUAAAUACUACUAAAAAGAAGACUUGGGAAAUGGAAAAAGUGCUCAUUUGAUUUCACAAAAUCCAUCUUGGAAAAAAAAGAUGUUUGCCCCUCUUGGAUUUCAUAAAAGCACAGAAAUUCCAUUUUGGAGAGAAGCAGCUUGAAUCCACUCUGUUUCACUAGCCACUGACAUCAUGCUCUUCUGUGUUGUUGUCUUUGGCAGACUCCAAAGUCCAGGGAAUGGGUUGUGUCAGUGGCUUGAUUCUGGGUACCUGUGAGCAUCUGGGGUGGCUGACACCAUUUGAUCAGGAUAACAUGUGCCUGAGCAAGUGGGAAACUGUGGCAGGCAGGAGAGGGCAUAAAGGGAAGUAGACAAUAAGGCGGUACCCAUAGGCUUUUGUAAUCUCCAUUUUGGAUGAAGGGUUCUUCAGAAGGCUUAGCUUGAGCUUGCCCCCAUCCUUUUCUCAAAACAGAGAGAUGGAAAGAUAAAAGUUCCUUUGACUUUGUGAUCUUUACAAGAGGGGCCCUCCAGACUUGCUCUGUUUGGGUAAAUUCUGGCUGGAAUCAAUGGAAUAGUAGAAAGAGGCAAUGACCCUGCCUAGGAUCAGAGCCAGUGUUUGUAGAUUGCUUUCUUAUAUAGAAUACUUACAUGUAAACCACUUCCUAUCUAGUCAACAUGCUCUAGCAUUUUCUUACAUUGCCAAAACACAGGGUAACAUGUACAAAAGAGUAAGCAAAGAUUUACUGACUUAUGUGCUUUUUGAUUAAUUAAUUUUUUUUUAUAAUUAAAAUGCAGCACUGUAAGGGAUUCAGACUUUUUAAAGGAUGGGCUGCUACUGCAGAAGUAUUUGUUACAUGUUUAGGACACUAAAAAUUAUGUGUGGGAGUAUAUUUUUAUUACUCGUUUCUAGUAAGAAGAAAUUAACAUUUUUUAUUGCAAAUUGUAUUUUUCCAAUAAAAUCCUAAGAUUAUAUUUUCUAUUAGCUGCCAUAUUUUCAGGUGUUUAUUCACAGUUAUUUUUAAGGUGAGGAAACACCAAGUAUAUACUUGAUAAUAUAUAAAUCUAAAAGCACAGACCUCUUAGCACUACUUGAACUAACCGAUUAAAAAAUACAUACAUAUUUCAUUAACUCCACUGCUUACAUAUGUACUAUUGGCUGUCUGGACUGUACAAAUAUGUAUGUUGGUAUAGAUGCUGAAUAAAUCUACCUUUCUUCGUAACUUGGAUCUGAUUCCACCAACUGACAGGAACUAAAGUGGCACUGAGAGCACUCACUGCUGGAAGACAAAGGAACAGGGGGAGCAGAGAAAAUGCUGUAACAGGAAAGCACAUCCUUUUCAAGCAUACAGCUCAGAGCAUCUUUACUUCAAGUUUUUUGUCUUUGAGUGUCAGGAAAAAAUGGAAGCGCAUAGAAUUUUUUUUUUUCAUCAGUUGAUAAUUGCAACUUUAGAAACUUCAACCAUCCAGUUUGUUGUAGUUGAAAUUUAAUAUUUUGAAAACAGAAGGAUUUUUACAGACUUGUACAUACUCUGCUUUUCAACCAGUCAUUAUAAAAGAACUGAAAAAAGAUUAUGCAUGUUACUUGGAGAACAAACAUUGGUUCUAGCUCUUACUCUUUGCAAAGCUCCCAGUAGGCCCAGAGGAUCUUGACUGAUACUGAUAAUUUUCAGCCAGUUAAAACAGCUGGGAGGAGCCUGGCUGGCUGGGGAAAAUGAAAAAAGGAAGUGGGCUGAACUGAUAUUUUUGGAGUAUCUUUAUUUGAAUACAGGGAUCUUUUUCAUUCAUUGUGGCUGAACAUUUUAUUCAUUGUGGCAAUAAACAAAAGUGCAAACUAACUGUUUCCUGAUGCAGAAUGCUGUUCUGUUUAAAAGAGAGAACAGGGAAUAUCCCAGUGUUUUGUAGACUUCAAUUACCACAGCAGUGGUUCUACAGCGUUUGCCAACUCAGUGGAUGCUGUAUAAAAUGGAUUUUGGGACUGUUUUAGGAAACUUGCCCUUCUAAAGGUCUAACUAGUCUCUUUUUUUUUUUUUUUUUUUUUUCCUAUGUUAAUAUUUAAUCUAUAUGUUUAUAAUAAAAUCUAUGAACAGAAAGUAUUCCUUUUUCCCCAAUUGUUUAUACUAAUGUUUAGCAGCAUCUCAAAGUGAAGUUCAAUUCCUACUUCUUUCACUGAGAAAAUUCCAGCUAACAAACACUGUUCUGUUUGCUGGGGAGUGAACUGCUGACACGUGGAGGAGAUACCUAAAGGUUCUCCAUGCAGGAUGCACACAGGUACUGCAGCACUCUGAAGAGCUGCUCUGAGACACUGCCUCAUCCUGUGCUCAUUCCCAAGCUUUGGCAUGUUCUGCACCUGUGUUCAUCUAAGGAUUCAGUGAGUUAACAGUUGGCAUGCAAGAAGAAGGAAAAAAGAGGUGUCCUGGGACUCUCUUCUGUUGGUCCCAGCUGUAUGUUUUCCCUCUAAAGCAUCCUCAGCCAGUAUUUUGAUUGUUACAUCCAAGUUUACUGUCAUUGAAUAUACUGUUCAAGCUAUUUUGCCAGUCCACUUUAUUUGUAGAUAAAAGGCACACAUGGUUUAUAGUUGGAUUUGCUCUUGCUUCUAGUCAGUGACUCACCUAGUUUCCUAAUCUAAAGCAAUUCUUAUUAAAGCAGCAGAGGUUCAGAGAUGCACCAGUUCUAUUUUGGUCAGCUCCGAAAUGGAUGUGGAUGAGCUGGAAGAACAGUUAUGGUCUUAUAUUAAAUAUUAUUCAUACAGAGAUCUGUGCCUGCAUAGUUAGAAACCAACCAUAGACUGAACUUGAUCAGAUUUUCAAAAAAGUGUGUGUAUAAUUUCACUGGUUAAUCAAAAAUGCUGUUUUAUUUAUUUAUAACUAAUAGCAUUCUGUUUGUAAACAAUGUUAACCAAUUUAUUUUUCAAGUUUUUAUGUCUCAGUGACACACCAUGGCAUUCUUUUUAAGGGAAAAAAUGUGAGAUUCUAUCUCAGAAGAUGAGUGGGCGUAACAGUUUGUAAACCACAUUAUCAUACAACAUUAUGUGGAAAAUAAUUUUAUUUGAGCAUCUGAUCUUAUGUGAUCACAACAUAAAUAGAGCCAUGUUGUUAAAUCCAUUAGGCAUCUAUGGUUUUUCCUUUUGUUGGCAGAACAUCUGAAUAAAACUAAAGGUGAUUUUGUAAGCA